CUGGACCUGUCUGUCUUGUGGGAACUUCAUACACGAAUAUCUUUCCCUCCCCACGAGUUCCGAAGGAAGCUAUACAACCGACAACAUAUCUCGGUCAUGGCCGCCUCCGCAGUAACGACGGCCACAACGGACUCGUCGUCCACGCAAAGGAAACAACAACAAAAUGGAAAGCUAGACACCUCCUCCUCCUCCUCCUCCUCUGCCAGCGCCGGCGCCGGCGACCAGAAUGAUGCUCUCGAGAAGGACUUCUUCUGGACUUACACCGAGGAACCGCACCGAACACGUCGUAUGGCCAUCAUCAAGGCGCAUCCAGAGGUCACCAAGCUCUGCGGUCCCGAACCCCUAACGAAAUGGGUUGUCCUCGGCGUCGUGUCGCUCCAGUUCCUGCUCGCCCACCUUCUGCGCGACACCUCCUUCUUCUCGUGGAAGUUCUGGCUCACAGCCUACGUCUUCGGCGCCACUUGCAACCAGAACCUCUUCCUGGCCAUCCACGAGAUCUCCCACAACCUGGCCUUCCGCUCGCCUACCGCCAACAGGCUAUUUGCCAUUGUCGCCAACUUACCUAUCGCCGUGCCCUAUAGUGCUUCUUUCCGGCCCUACCACCUAACCCAUCACAAAUCCCUCGGCGUCGACGGUCUCGACACCGACCUGCCCACCGCCUUCGAAGCCCUCUUCCUCGACUCCAUCCUCGGCAAAGCCUUCUUCUGCACCUUCCAAAUCUUCUUCUACGCCCUGCGCCCCAUGGCCAUCUACCGCGUGCCCUUCACCUGGGUGCACUGGCUCAACCUGACCAUUCAGCUCUUCUUCGACUACGCCAUUGUUUUCUUGCUGCCCGACUCCCUCUUCACCGCCAACUCCCUCCUCUACUUUUUACUCAGCUCCUUCCUCGCCGGCAGCCUGCACCCCACGGCAGGCCACUUCAUCGCCGAACACUACGUCUACGAGAAGAUCACGCCCGAAGCCCGCAACCCGGACAACAAGAUCCCCGUCCCGGAGACGUUCAGCUACUACGGCCCGCUGAACUGGGUCACGUAUAAUGUGGGACUGCACAACGAACACCACGAUUUCCCUGCGAUCCCCUGGACGCGGCUGCCCAAGCUGUACGAGAUCGCGUCCGAGUUCUACGAGGGGCUGCCGCAGCACCGGAGCUGGACGCAUGUGCUCUGGCAGUUCAUCUUUGACGAGGAGAUUGGUAUGCGGUGCAGGGUCAAGAGGAAGGUUGGGGGUAGGGUGGUUGGUGGCGGGAGUGUUAGCGCGAAGCAGCAGCAGCAGCAGCACCAAGCCAAGGAGGCCGGAUGGGGAGAUGAUGAGAUUGAGGCUUAGACUUGGAACUCUUUUCCUCCUUGACUCCUGUCUAGAUCUGCGUGGCGUAGUAGAAAAAGUGUAGAGGACUUGGUGUAUGUACAUGUACGAUGAAAUGAACAUAAGAUUGAAACCACAGAGGUAUUUAGAUCUCUGGGUUGAAUUGGGUUGGAGUUUAUUAAUGGGUUCGGAACGUCCGGCUUGGUUGGACUGAACUACACAUGGAUACAAAUAAAAUAGACUAAGCCAGCAAAAAGCUUUCCAAUGGACAUACUUACAUAUAUUGAUAAGCAUCAUAGAAAAAAAACAGACACAAUCGUCCAUAU